CUUGUAACUAAUUGAACGUCGCCGAAACAUACGGAACAGCGGGAGAUUCCUACAGAAUUUAACGUUUUUAUCGUGUUCGUCAGAGAAAUGCAUGUUGAAUUAAUGAACUUGGAGAAUGCUGGUCUCCAGGACCGUGUUAUAGAUUUGGAAAAACGAAGUGCUGAACAAGCUAAUGAACUUGCUUGUUUAAGAAGCUCUUUGGCUGAUUGUCUGCGUCGCUUAAAUCUUUUGGAGAAUGCUAGAGGUAUGAAAUCACAUUCUUCUCAAAAAGCAGUUUUGCACAGUAAUAGCUCCAAUGUGACAAAAACUAAUUCACGUACUGAUACAUCCUAUUCACGAAGACAUGCAAGUUCUCGUAAUCAUACUGCUACAACUACUGGUCAUCAGUCGAAAAAUUCACGUGACAGUUCAUUGGUAGUUCCACAUUCAACAACAACAACAACAGCUAGUAGUACCACAGCAAGAACUCGUUUAAAAAGCCCGCAGAGCACACGUUUAAGUUCAUCAUCAACUACUUUAAAUAAUCAUGCACUUGGUGUUAGUGGUGCAGCAAAUCAAAUAAGACGAAAUCGGAUUACUAGUGCUAGUUCCGACGAUAGACACAAUUAUAAAUAUGAUCGUGAUAAUAAAACAGUGUCUAUGUAUGAAGAUAAUAAUCACGAUGAUAUGAUGAUGAUGUUGAUUAUGUCACAACAAAGUGAACCAAUGACUAGCAAUAAUUAUCAACAAAAAUCAUCCACUUUAAAAUCUAAUACAUCAUCACGAUAUUAUGAAGCUUCUUGUUCUAAUGGACCAUCUGGUGGUGUUAAUGGUGGUAGUGGUGGUAGUUAUACAGUAUUUUGGAAAUCAGCCUAUGAUGGUGAAUUAGAUGAUAUUUAUCGAAUGAAUCAUUGUCAAAGUCCUCCAGGUCAACAAGCACAACAUUUAUCAUCAUUUCGAAAAAAUCAUACAGUCGCUCCUCCUCCACCGCCACCACCUCCCGCUCUUCCACCAUCCUCAUUAUGUAUACCACCAAAUCUUGUUCGUCGUGGUCGUGGUCCUUCAUCAGGACCAUCAUCAACAAUAGCACAUUAUACAACUGAUUCAGAUGAUCGUUCUGUUCAUCCACCAUCAACAACUGGUCGUUCACUUCAUCCGACAGCUUGGAAACCUGGUGGAGUAGCAAUAUGUCAUACAAAUCGAGAGUUGAUUCCACCAAUUCACAACAAACAGCCUACAUAUCUAUCGAAAUUUCAUCAUGAUGAUGACUCCAAAGAAACUACUUAUCUACCAGGUGAUGGAAUUCUACGCUUUUAUAUUCGUGGACGUCCUGUCAGUGUGUAUAUGCCAACACAAAUUAUGCAAAGUUAUGAUUUGUCAGUUCCAUUGAAAGCACCUAAUACAACAUUAAAAUUAGAAUGGAUUUAUGGUUAUCGUGGACGUGAUUGUCGAAAUAAUUUACAUUAUCUUCCAACUGGAGAAUUAAUUUAUUUUGUUGCAGCUGUUGUAGUCUUGUACAAUAUUGAAGAACAAUGUCAACGACAUUAUUUAGAGCAUACAGAUGAUGUGAAAUGCAUUGCUAUCCAUCCUGAUCGUAUUACAGUGGCUACAGGUCAAUCAGCUGGACAUGAUAAACAAUUUGGAAAAAAUGCUAAGCAACCAAUUGAGAAACCGAAAUUUAUACUUUGUUUAACAUUUGCUGAAAAUGGUGAUUUGUUAACUGGUGAUUCUGCUGGAAAUAUUAUUGCAUGGAAACGAGGUACAAAUACAGUGAAUCAAAUAUGUCAAGGUGUACAUGACGGCGGUAUUUUUUCAUUAUGUUUAACAAAUAAUGGACAUUUAAUAUCUGGUGGUGCAAAAGAUCGUCGUUUAGUAUUUUUUGAUGCAGCUCUUAAUCCAACUGGUCAAAUUGAAGAAUUACCUGAAUUAUAUGGUGCUGUACGUACGAUUACACAAGGUCCUGGUGAAUUAUUAAUUAUUGGUACUACAAAAAAUAUGAUACUACAGGCUGCUCCUGGUAUGGAAAUCAGCCCACUAAUCUAUGGUCAUUCAGAAGAAUUUUGGGCACUUGCUAAACAUCCACAAGCUCAUCAAUUUUUAACUGGUGGACGUGAUCAUUUAGUGAUUUUAUGGGAUUCAUUAUCAAAACAAGCUAUAUGGUCAAAAGAAUUUACUGAUCAAAUACAUUGUGCUGUAUUCUAUCCAAUUCAAUCAAUGACACUGACAAAUGGAAUGUUAAAUUCAACUAAUAAUAAUAAUACGAACAGUCAUAAUGUUAAUAACGAUAAUAAUCCAAUCGAUGAAACUACUAAUUUAGAUUUCAGCGUAUCUUCCAUGAUGAAUUCACAUGAUUUGUUAGUUGUAUUAGGUACUAGUACAGGACGUUGGUUAGUAUUGAAUUGUUUAAAACAAGAAAUUAUUGCUGCACAUUCUGAUGGUCUAGGUGAACAAAUUGAAUGUGUUGCUUAUUCACCUGAUGGAAAUUAUUUAGCACUUGGUUCAAGAGAUAAUAUUAUUUAUGUAUAUAAUGUAUUAGAACGUGGUUAUAAAUAUAAUCGUGUUGGACGUUGUUGCGGUCAUACUAGUUUUAUUCUUCAUAUUGAUUGGUCUGUAGAUAGUCGAUUUUUACGUUCUGUAUCAGGUGAUUAUGAAAUAUUAUUUUGGACAGCAUUUGAUUGUAGACAAGUUGUUUCACCUAGUACACUACGUGAUUUAGAAUGGGCUAGUCAAACAUGUACACUUGGUUGGGAAGUAGCUGGAAUUUGGCCACCGGAUUCUGAUGGCACAGAUAUUAAUGCUUGUGCUCAUAGUCCAACUGCGGAUAUUUUAGCUACUGGAGAUGAUUAUGGAAAAAUUAAAUUAUUCAAUUAUCCAUGUCAUAAACCUAAAGCAGAAUUCCGUACAUACAAUGGUCAUUCAAGUCAUGUAACAAAUGUAACAUUUUUAUACGAUGGAUCUAGGCUUAUAUCGACUGGAGGCAAAGAUACCGCUGUAUUACAAUGGGAAGUAUGCAUUUGA